AUGGGAGCUUUACUGCUGCGACUCGUUGCUCUGCGGCGUUCAGACGAGAGAAAAUCCUCGUCAAGAUCUCGCGGACUUCCUCUUCUCCACGACCCAGGACCUCCCCCUGGAGGCUACUUGUGUCCUCUGGACUCGGUAGCCCAAGGUGAAGACGGGUUGCCGUGUCAGAGGGCCAGUGCCAAAUUCGGCGAGGUCCUACCGGCAUCUGCGGCAGACGGGGUUUCCAUCACCGUCAUCACCACCGAGACGAAGCCGCAGCCCUCUCGAACGACGACCGCUACAACCACGGCUGCUUCAGACGCAGUGCUACUUGCCCAACCGGACACUUCGUCCGAUUCCAACGGGGGACCAGGAUCAUUGUCCGCGGGUUCCAGAGCCGCCAUUGCCGUCUGUUGCGUACUUCUCCUGAUUGCGUUCCUCGUGUUCAUCCUCUGCUACCUCCGUCGCCGACGCCAACGCGAUCAGGGUUACCCCCCGAGUCUUCGAUAUGCCGAUUCCGUCAAACCCGCCGACUCGCCCACACCUCUCAUCUCGCCCACAAUGUCUGCCGAUGCCCGAUCCAGGACGUCGCUGCCCCCACUUCGACUUCGGGACCGGAGGCUGCUCCCCACCAUCUUGACUCCAGACCCGGCGUCCAGCGAUCACUCGGGCCACACGCCAGGGUCGCCUCGCGCUCCACCACCAACGUACAGCAGCUUCCCCCCUUCACCGUUGCGCUCGCCAGCCACGAGCAAACUCGUGCCGCGGUAUGAACACGCCGUCCAAACGGAGGGGCGUUCCUCUGGCACGACGUCCACCAAGACGCUCUCCCUCCGCAGCUCUGGCAGCACCCACACCGUCGCCGUCUCGGCAUACUCUACAGCCACAGCCCCGUCGCCCUCACGUCCGCCGACUUUUGUUUCUCUUGGCCUGGAGCUGUCUUCCAUUCAUCGCCUGGAGUUCGGUUCCAGACCCUGUGCCUGGAUCGUGGUCAAGGCAUGGCGGCAGGCUGUUACGGAUUGA